UUUUCUUCUCCUCUAUCCACGCCCAAGCCAUGGCCUCCUACACCCCCUCCUCUUCCCGCCCACACACCCCUCUGGGUCUCUCUCCUAGAGGCUCGUAUACCAACCUCGCCUCUGCCGCGUACGACGCGUCUUCCCCCGGAGGACAUGGUGCGAAGGAUGAGAAGGAGAGGCUGAGGGCAGAGCGUGAAGUACAGGAGGCGUUGUUGAAAGCACAGGACGGUGUGGAAAAGGCCAAGAAGGAGGAGGUAUGCAUGCCCGCGAGCACUACUGUACUGCCGAUCCUGAGCUACUGUGUUGCAUCGAUUAUGAUGACCGUUGUGAACAAGUUUGUGGUAUCUGGUCGACAGUUUACAAUGACGUUUUUGCUCCUUGCUAUACAAUCGUUCGUCUGUGUUGCGUGUGUAUGGCUCGCCAAGCGCAUAGGCGUCAUCAACUUCCGUGACUGGGACAUGAACGAUGCCAAAGCGUGGUUCCCAGUGUCGUCCCUUCUCGUCGCCGUGAUUUACACUGGUUCUAAAUCGCUCCAGUUCCUCUCAAUCCCUGUCUACACAAUCUUCAAGAACCUUACCAUCAUCCUCAUCGCCUAUGGCGAAGUCAUUUGGUUUGGCGGGCACGUCACUCCUCUCACUCUUUGUUCAUUCUUUCUCAUGGUCGGUUCGUCCGUCAUCGCUGCAUGGGCCGACAUCUCCACCACCCUGUCAAAAUUAUCAGCCGGUGUCGCCGUUGUGGACCCCAUCUCUGGCGCCGAUGUUCCCCUUUCAAGUAUUAGCGUGAUGGAUACGAUGAACGUGGGUUACUUGUGGAUGUUUAUCAACUGCUUGGCAUCGGCCGGCUAUGUCCUUUUUAUGAGGAAACGUAUCAAGGUGACUGGAUUCAAAGACUGGGAUUCAAUGUUUUACAACAACUUGCUUUCCAUCCCUGUUUUGUUUGUCUUUUCUCUCAUCAUCGAAGACUGGGGUGCUGCCUCUUUCUCCCGCAACUUCCCUGAAGAAGGCCGAGCCUUCCUUCUCUCCGCUAUCGCCUUUUCCGGCGCCGCCGCCGUCUUUAUCUCUUACUCCACCGCCUGGUGCGUCCGUAUCUGCGGCGCGACGACAUACUCCCUCGUCGGCGCUCUGAACAAGCUCCCCGUCGCGGCUAGCGGGAUCUUGUUCUUUGGGGACCCGGUUAACUUUGGGAAUGUGAGCGCUAUUCUGGUUGGAGGCGUAAGUGGGAUUGUUUAUGCGGUGGCCAAGACGAAUCAGGCAAAGGUGGAAAAGUCAAAGCAGGCGAGAGGGGGAGAAAGCAAGGCGUAAUCUAAUGUUUGUGGUGUGUGGUACUUUUUCUUUUUUUUCUGUAAAUGGGAUUGGAAUAUGAAGGGAAAUGUGGAUAGCUAGGCUUUUUUUGGGGGUUAUGGGCUGGUAUAACAUCUUCAUAUUGAAAUAAAGGGUAUCAGGCAGUCAUCAUAUUUAUUUCUACAGCGUGUAUACGUGUAAUUUUUCAGAUAUGGUUUUGUUUUUAUUUCAUACAUGUUACGAUGAAACCCAAUGAUUAGAAGGGGUGGAGAAAAGAAGAGCAAAAUCUGGUCGUCUCUCUCAUCCCUCUCCCUACAUCUGAAAUCUUCAGAUGACUCAUAUAAGUAAAAAAAAAUAUAUACUGUAGUAUUCCUAAUAAUCCAAACUAUUCAAACCCCGCUUACCGCCUCGCAGCACCCCGAGCCCCAAACAUACCUCUCGCCAUU